GUGCUCUCCAUUCCCAACCCAUAUUUGCAUAUUAAGAAAUUUUCUAGAAAUUUCUUGAUUUGCUCUUUAGUUUUCCCAUUACUUAUUUCUAUGCCCCUAUAUGACUUAUAUACUUUGUUCUUCAUAUCUGUUAUGUCACUUUCUAAUUCCCUCUCCAUCUCUCGUAUUUCCCUCUGUUUUAAAUUCUUGUUUCCUCCCUCUUUCUCUACAGACUUUCAAUCUCCCACCAUCACUUGUUUUAUUUUCCUACCAGGUGUGACAUCCCCUGUUUUUCUUCUCUGCACCCUCUGUGCAUCUAAUCUUCUGUUCUUCUGGCUUCAUGCUGAGUAUCAGGGGUUUCCUUUUGCAAGGACCUCUGAAUACUUGGGUUUCGCUCCCUGGAUAAUCAGGUGUUGCAUGGUCAUGAGAUCGGUAGUUGCUUCUUUUUUGAGUUUGCAAUGAUCACAGCAUUUGGAUUUGUAUGUAUCAUUGUAUGUCUACUGUCUUCCACAGUUAUUGUACCCUCUGUUCUGUGUAGCCCUUUUUUGAUAUUGUGAGCCUCUCUUGUAACCUUGCUCAUAUUUUACUUUCAUGGGACAGAAUCUGACUGUGUCCCACUUUUUGGCAUAAAUAGCAUUUUCCAUUAUCUCUUUUCCCCUUUGCUUGAUAUUGUGAUCUUUGGUGUGGGAAGGUCCUGAUUGUAGCAAGAUUUUUUACCUCCUCUAUCUCUUUCUGUCUGAGGGUUUCCUUAGUCUCUUCUGGUUUCUACUUCAAUUCCUCCUUUUCUUUCUGCUUCUCUGUAUGGGUCUCAUGCAAAUAUGUGGCAGAGUCUCUCAGGUCUUGGAGGGAUAAAGAUUUGAAAUUCCAGCAAAAGUUCUUCAAAAUAUGUUUGAUAUUUUGGACACACCCUUUCAAAAAUUGCCUCUUAACAUAACAUGGGGAAUGGCUUCCUGGCUAUCCUGAGUAUACCCCAAUAUAGCCUCAGCAUUCUCCAUCAGUCUGUUAAUAUAGACAGAUGGAUGCUCUGUCUGCUCCUGCCUCAGUCUAUUGAAUUUUCCCCAAGCAUUUGGUCUAUUGCAAAAUGUUUUGAUUCCUUCUAAUAAGUCUUCCUAUGUCUUUCUUAAAUAUGUCAAGUUUGAAGGUCUGGAAAAAUCCAGAUCUUCAAAAUAUUCUGGCCAGUUCAUUAGGUUAUUAUCCUCCUUUAUCCUCUUAGUGAACUUAAUGCUUCUGGGGACUAAAUAGUUCUGAAAGUAGGGUUUCUAUAUCUUGGAAACUGGGGUCAUGUAAUUUAAAUGAUCUUUUCAAAUCUCUUAAACAUUUGAAUGGUUCAGAGCAAAAUUUUGGCAUUCUCCAUUUCAGGGAAUUCAAGUCUUGGAUGCUGAAAGACUUAUGUACCUUCAUAUGGAAAACGCCAGAGUCUGGGGUAACUUUGGCAUAAUCCCUGAGAGGCAUGAUCUUUUGUGCCCCCUGGGACUUCCUCAGCCUCAGUGUUUGUCUGAUUGUCCACCAUUAUUUUUUUGGUGCACAACCCUACUUUUAGGGCUCUUGUAAUAUGUGUCUCAGUGUCCUUGCAUUUGUCUUUGUCAUCAGUAUUUUUAAUAUCCUCUUCUGUGACUAGCUCCUUUCCAUUCCCCAGUUUCUCAUUCUUUUUCAUUGUGAAUUCCUGGCACAUCUCAGUAAUUGUUGCCAUUUGGGAGAACAAUAGCUCUAGUCUAUUAUCUGUGUUGUUGUGGUACUAUAUAAUUGCCAGAGACCACUGUGGUAUCAUAGCCAGCUGGGAGGGUUAGCCAUUUUGUAGAUAGUUCCAGUGAUAUUUGGUCCCAAUAUUUUGUAAUGCUGAUUGCUGCCCCUACCAUAUCAUUGAUUAUGCUAGUGAUGGUGCCAAAUAUAGACGAAUACCAAUGUGCCAAAAUGGCUACCACCAGUAAAGUCCAUAGAGCUUUCUGGAGCAUUUUGUAUCUUUUUUCCUAUAUUUCCCCUCACUCAGUUAUUUGUGUUAGUCUUUCUUCUUUAUAGAAACCAAGAUGUCUCCUUAGAUCUCUGUAUGUACUUUAGAAUUCUUAUACCCCCCCAAGAUGGCUGUCCUGCCCCUUUACUUCCAAUUGCCAGGAAUGACUGUUGGCAAUGGAUUCUUUUGUAAUCUGGAGUGCCACUGUAAUAGAGAAGGAGAAAGGGAUGGAGUCCCUCACCACUGAGUUCAGGACCAGAGUGUGGUAGAGAUGAAGUAGAGUUAAAGAGUGGAGAGAGAGGAUAGAUAGUUGUCCCCUCUCCUUCCUCAAUAAACUCACAAUAACUGUCUUCAGGGUUACUGACUACUUUUAUUCAGAGGCAGGGCUGAAGUAAAUCCAGGACUAAACAGCUUCUUCUUCCUCGAGGAGGAAAUAUAGUUCUCCUCCCCAAACCUUCUAGUCCCUCUCCCUGAAUAUUAUGCAGGCACUAGAUCUAUAGAAUAUUUGAGGAACACACAAAGGGUAAGGUAAGUGAGAUUGAGGGAUAAGGCACUGGGAAAUGGGAAAUAGGAAGUCCCUAAAACCUAAAAAUUGAACCCCUCCCCAAAUUCUGCAGGGUCAGGCUUGCCUGACUCUCUGGGGUCAAUUGUGAAAGCUGUCUUGACUUUUUAACUGUCCUAAUUAUACUAUGAAGUUCAAGAGCUACUUUGGAGGGAUGGAGAGUAAAUCUUCCUGGGAUAGAGAGUUUUAUAUCCAAAGUCCUAUCCACUCUUAUUGUCUUCUGCUGGAUUCGGGGAGUCUGAUUCACACAAAGAUGACCAGGGCUCAAGGUGCUUUCAAAGCAACCUUCCUGAAGGGCUUCCAGAAGAGAAGUGAAGUUAACUGCCUGGAUCUUUUCAGCUCUUCUUUGCUCUUUCUCUGGAAUUCUCUGUUCCUCUUGCCCUACCCCCACUUGUCUUGUUCCUCUGGCAGCUGGCAUCUAAGUUUCCUCUCAUAAAAGAUAUAAGAUAAACUGUACCUUAAAUACUUCCUAGAAAUGGGGUCAAACAAAUUUGUUUUCUUCUGUGUGGGUGGAUUUUCCCCUUUUGGAUUCAGGAAAUGCCUUGUUCAAUGACCACAGAAGAUGCUAAUACUGGGAAUUCUUAGAACAGCAAGUAUCUUACUUCAACCACAGGAAGCAUGUUGUGUCUGCCAUUUAUUCUCUAAGGUGCCUGUGUCAGUGGCCAUGAUGACUCCCCAGGUGAUCACCCCUCAGCAAAUGCAGCAGAUUCUUCAGCAGCAAGUACUGUCUCCUCAGCAGCUCCAAGCACUUCUUCAGCAGCAACAAGCAGUCAUGUUACAGCAGUCAAAAUGGUUUAUUCAGCAACAACUACAAGAGUUUUACAAGAAACAGCAAGAACAGUUACAUCUUCAGCUUUUGCAGCAGCAGCAGCAGCAACAGCAGCAGCAGCAGCAGCAGCAGCAGCAGCAGCAGCAGCAGCAGCAACAGCAACAGCAGCAGCAGCAACAGCAACAGCAGCAGCAGCAGCAACAACAGCAUCCGGGAAAGCAAGCAAAAGAGCAACAGCAGCAACAGCAGCAGUUGGCAGCACAGCAGCUUGUCUUCCAGCAACAGCUCCUCCAGAUGCAACAGCUCCAGCAGCAGCAACAUCUGCUGAAUCUCCAGCGUCAGGGACUCAUUUCCAUCCCACCUGGCCAGUCUGCUCUUCCUGUCCAGUCUCUGCCACAAGCUGGCUUAAGUCCUGCUGAGAUUCAGCAGUUAUGGAAAGAAGUGACUGGAGUUCACAGUAUGGAAGACAAUGGCAUUAAACAUGGAGGGCUAGACCUCACUACUAACAAUUCCUCCUCUACUACCUCCUCCACCACUUCCAAAGCAUCACCACCAAUAACUCAUCAUUCUCUAGUGAAUGGACAGUCUUCAGUUCUAAAUGCAAGACGAGACAGCUCGUCACAUGAGGAGACUGGGGCCUCUCAUACGCUCUACGGCCAUGGAGUGUGCAAAUGGCCUGGCUGUGAAAGCAUUUGUGAAGAUUUUGGACAGUUUUUAAAGCACCUUAACAAUGAACAUGCUUUGGAUGACAGAAGUACCGCUCAGUGUCGGGUGCAAAUGCAGGUUGUGCAACAGUUAGAAAUACAGCUUUCUAAAGAACGUGAGCGUCUUCAAGCAAUGAUGACCCACUUGCACAUGCGACCCUCAGAGCCCAAACCAUCUCCAAAACCUCUAAAUCUGGUGUCUAGUGUCACCAUGUCGAAGAACAUGUUGGAGACAUCCCCACAGAGCUUACCUCAAACCCCUACCACACCAACGGCCCCAGUCACCCCGAUUACCCAGGGACCCUCAGUAAUCACCCCAGCCAGUGUGCCCAAUGUGGGAGCCAUACGAAGGCGACAUUCAGACAAAUACAACAUUCCCAUGUCAUCAGAAAUUGCCCCCAACUAUGAGUUUUAUAAAAAUGCAGAUGUCAGACCUCCAUUUACUUAUGCAACUCUCAUAAGGCAGGCUAUCAUGGAAUCAUCUGACAGGCAGUUAACACUUAAUGAAAUUUACAGCUGGUUUACACGGACAUUUGCUUACUUCAGGCGUAAUGCAGCAACUUGGAAGAAUGCAGUACGUCAUAAUCUUAGCCUACACAAGUGUUUUGUUCGAGUAGAAAACGUGAAAGGAGCAGUAUGGACAGUGGAUGAAGUAGAGUACCAGAAGAGAAGGUCACAAAAGAUAACAGGAAGUCCAACAUUAGUGAAAAACAUACCUACCAGUUUAGGCUAUGGAGCAGCUCUUAAUGCAAGUUUGCAGGCUGCCCUGGCAGAGAGUAGUUUACCUUUGCUUAGUAACCCAGGACUGAUAAAUAACGCAUCCAGUGGUUUACUGCAGGCAGUCCACGAAGACCUCAAUGGUUCUUUGGAUCACAUUGACAGUAAUGGAAACAGUAGUCCAGGCUGCUCUCCCCAGCCUCACAUACAUUCAAUCCAUGUCAAGGAAGAGCCAGUGAUUGCAGAGGAUGAAGACUGCCCAAUGUCCUUAGUGACAACAGCAAAUCACAGUCCAGAAUUAGAAGAUGAUAGAGAGAUUGAAGAAGAGCCUUUAUCUGAAGAUCUGGAAUGAAUAAAGACUUGAGAAACCUCAUAAUGAAGGGACAUAUCACUGACCUUCAUAACCACUCCACAACCAUGAAUAUUUGACAAAUUUUUACUGUGACUAUUUAUUAAGCAUGGAUAAAGGAGACAGCCCUAAAGGAACUUAUUACGCCAGCCCUUUGGGAUCCAGUAACAACAGGCAAAUUGCUUGUUUUCUUCUUCUUCUUCUUUUUUUUAGAAAAAAAAGACAAAAACUGAUUUUCUUGAAAAAAAAAAUAAACUGUUCUUUCUAUAAUGGCUUUGCCCAUUUAAAAAAUGUGGCUAUUAAGGGUUCAUGAAAUGACUGAAUAUGAGGAUACAUGUUCUGUAGAAAGCAAACGCGCCUCAUAUACUGCCAAAAAUAGUGUUAGUUUCAUUAAUGUGAAUUUUCCAGCAUACAGUAGUUGUAAUGUUAGAAACAAUUGCUGGUCAAGUUCAACUUGUUGCUAUUGUUUUUAAUUUGCACAGGAGUAGUAUCAGAAAUUAGUGUCACUGCUUGUAUCUAGCUGAAUUUUAAACAACAGAACAUUAGUUUUUUAUGUUGGUGCCACCAACUGUAAAUGACAUGAGUUAGUUAUUACAAACCACAGUAAUUAGACUGUUGCAACCAUCUAAAAACCUUAGGCUUCCAGUCUGUGCGGUUAGUGUUCAGAUGUAAAGUGCAAUCCUAAGCUAACAUUGUCCGUGCAAGCACCAUAGAAACAUUUGCAUAUCUGCAUAUUAUCUUACAACUGUACUCUCUUACCUCCUUGUGAUAAAGCUUUGUCUACCUGCAAACACAGUCAAAGGCUACAGCUGCAAACCAAAGCCAACUCUAACAAUGGCCAAUAGCUCCACGACAGAAGCAGCCACAUGCUUUGGUCAGCCUUCUGUAACUUUAAUUAGUACAAAGGAACCUUUCCAUGAACUACCUGCUGUUUUCUGAUGACCUCUGGGAUCUUUUCAUUUAGCCCUAUACAAAGAAACAAAUAUGACACAACAAAUCCAAACAAAAAAGUCAAUCCAGUCACAGUCUAAUCUUCUGAGGCCAAAAGCCAAUCUAAACGCAAUGAAGAUUUGCUUUCAUUUAAGACAGAGGUGAGAACAAAGUCUGCAGUGGAAGUUAUGAUAGAAAGCAACAAAAUGUGGAUCACUGACCAAAAUGAUUAUGUACUUGAUGCAAAUGCAGAUUGCAUAUUGUUAUAUAUAAUACAUUGUGUUUCUGCUCUCCCUCCCUGUGCCCUCCCAACCUUCCCCUUCCCCCAUUCAGUCAGUUAUUUUCUGUGGUGAAUACAUGUUGUUAGAAGCUGUCUUGUAUGGUCUUAAUCUUUGUUGUGUACUAUUUUUUAUAGUCUUAAGUUAUAAUGAAAAAAAAAAGUAGGAACCAAACAUAAAAGGUCUAGUAAAGCCAAAAAUUAAUUUCAUAUUGAUUUUAAAGUGAUCUAGCUGAGUUUUUACACUGAAAGCAAAGAUUAUAGCAAUUGUAGUCCAUGGUAUUUAUUUUCAGUCAAACCAAAGUUACAUAUAAUUCUGCCUCUGCUUAUAUGGGAUAUUAACACUAACAAUACACUCCCUUCAGAAGACUUGCACAGGCCAAAUUGUUGGAAUGCUGGUUUUCUUGACAACUCCAAACCCAAAAAAAAUAUGAUAAUGCGUUAUGGUGUAGUUGAAAAUAGCAUAGUCAGAUGUUUGCUUAAAACCUAGAAACUUUCCGUGUUGCUUUUCAUGUGCUGUGCCAAGUCUUGAUAAUACUUUUUCCCCCAACCAAGGGACCUCAUAACCUGAUUAUGGUUAUUGCUUUACAAACAGUUUUUGACAGAAGGUGGCUGCUAGAGCUUAACAUAUGUACCAGUUCCAUGUGAUGGGGCUGGUUCUUGCAAACUAAGCUCAUCAUUUAUUCUUUGCUGGAGUCAGCAAAUAGACUUAAAGAGAUACACAGUCAUCUAUCACGCCAAAUAAAAGGACAUAACGGCUUUCAAAAGGGUUUUCCCACUUACCCAAAAGGCUUUCUGAAAGCUUCUACCUCUGCAAAAAAAAAAUGAAAAAAAAUGAAAAAAAAAAGAAAAAGAAAAAAAAAGAAAUUAGAACAAUUAUGGCAGAUUGCAUGAAAUGUGAGAACGUCACAGUAACUGCUACUUUUCAUUAUGUUUGUCUUUGGGUCAUGAUCAACAAAAGGGUUACAGUUUCAAAAGAGAGAUUGGGAUUGUAAAAAGAUGGUUUUCAGGCAUUUAGGAGGAGUCUAAUGUAAGGAUUCUCUGAAAAAGAAAAUGGGUCUCUCCAGUCACAUUCACAAGAUAAAUGAUGGACUGGAUGGGGGUAGAUGUGGUAACUGUCCCAUCAAGAAGGUGGCCUAAGACUACAAUGCUAAAGUAUGCAUACCUCAGUUACAAAACUUUUGAAAGGAAGUCUCAGCCACAGAAUGCAUAUACCUGUAGAGUUUUGCAUGGGUUUUAUAUAAAUACAAUUUAAAAGAAAAUAGCUGCUUGCACAUUAUACCAGAAAAACCUCCAAAACUGCAAUUGCUUUGAAAAUAGAUUUUAGGUUUUUUGGAGUUUUCUGAGAUGCUUGGUCUGUAUUUUGAUAAUUGUGCAUAUUAUGUAAAAAUGUUGGUGGACCCAUAAAUGACCAGACUUUUUCUAAGAAAAAUGUUGCUUUAAUGCAUUUCAUGAAUUUUUACUCUUAUAUCAUUGCUUGCUAGUAAUAGCAAAUCUGCUUUUCUGCAUCUGCUUUGCGUAGCUAUUGUAAGGCUUUGAACUAAUGUAUGUAUUUAUUGCUUGAACUUCUGUGCAUACCUUAUAAAGCAUAAUGUCUGACAAUUUAAAUGGCUCAUGUAUUCUUGCUUCUAUCAUAAGCUGAUGAUGGGGACUAUUGAUCUUUUGUAUACAGCAAAUUUUAACUGUAGCACAAACAUCUGUUUAUGUAUUGGUGAAAUAUACCUGUUUUAUUUAUCUUUUUGAGGUAAACUAAUUUUUGAUACUUUUCAUUACUGUGUACUAUGUUCAUACCUUGAAUUCUCUGACGUUAGAAGUCAUGGUUGAGAAUUGUAACAGCUGUUAUAUCCGUUCUGUAUUCAUGGCUUUCACUGCUGAAUAAAAUAAAGGACCAAACCUAGGAUUUGAAAGAAAACUGUCUACCUCUAACACCAGGGAGUUAUCAGAUUUUAUUUUACAUAGUUUUAGUCUACAAAGACACAAUUGCUUAAACCUAGUGGGCUUAAGGCUUAUAUUCUGUGUGGUUGGAUUCAUGGCACAGUUGUACUGUUUGAAAAUCAAUUAAAAUUUCAUGUGAAUGUUACAAGUAUUUGGUAGAAUUACCACUAACUGGGUUUUCUGUAGAUAACUCAGAUAUGGAGACACUAUCAUCAGCAUUCUGUGUCUACAGCUGCUUAACUUCAUAAGAAUGCAUUUCUUUGUGAUUAGGGACUCAAGAACAGUCAGAGAAUAGAGCUACAGAACUACACUUUAAAAUAAACCAUCCUGGACUUUAAUGUCCCUUGGCAGAUUCAGUCACAAAAUCCAACAGUCUGUUUUCUAAAGUUCCUCCAGUCGCGCGCAUUCACAUUUUGGAGAAUUUACUUUAGGCUUUAGACCAUGUACACCAAUAUUAACAUGCAUUUGGACAUUCUAGGUUUAUAAAUACCAUAAAACUAUUAGGAACAACAUGGUUUGCCCUUGUUAUUUCACUAGUUCAAGUCAGUGUGAAAGGUCUUUGUCCAUUCAAUUUGGCAAAUCUUACUGAGCAAAAAGGAUGUACAUUUUACUAUAGAAUUAAUGUAUGAACAGUGUGUUACUGCUGUUGGUUGUAAAAAAAUGUAUAUGAAACAUUUCAUUCAUUUGCUUACAUUUCUGAAGUAUAAAUAAAAAGUCUAAUUCUUUUU